CACACAACCACAAACAUCAGGUCACCUCAGCUCAUCCCCCUCGUCUGUCUGCCUCUCCUCCCUCCCUGAUCAGCUUCACCGCCUCCCGCCACAUCAACCUCGACUCGACCCUCUUCAUAACCCACCGGUGCGGCGGCCGCCGACACACCGACCGAUACCAAAACACACGCCGCAGCUCACGCACCGGGGCACGCACACCACUCCUGUAGUAUCGCCGCGCCCUCUUUGCAGGGGGCGGUGCCGCUUCAGCACAAUAAUCGGGUGUCGUCGGCUCACGUCGUGUGCGCUUGGGUUGAGGCCUCUCGGCGUCUCUCCUGACGUCUCUGAUGGGCCCCCCGAAGAGGUCCUCAAGGAAGCGGCUGCCAUCGAAGUCUUCGCCGCCGCUCGAGGCGGCGCUCUCUCGUCUGUGUGAUGCCAGCUCAUCGUCAAGUGGCCGAAAGUCGGGGGCAGGGAGGGGGGAUGGCUGUAGGUGCUGCUGGGUCUGGGUGGUGACGGCGGGUGGUUGUGGUGUUCUCUUGGACAGCAGUGCUUGUGUGAACGGGCGGAUGGGCUUGCGCAUGCCGGCCAGAAGACGCAAGCAUCGGCUGAAGGAAUAGGAUACAUAGGCACAAGACAUGCAAGCACUGUGUCCAUCUGUUUGCUGGCUUGUCGGUUCUAUCGUUUCGUUUUUGGCUGUCCUGCCUGAGUGCGGCGAAGGCGGCGAGGUGCAUCGGUAGGAAGAAGGUGUGGGCGAUCUGCUGCGAUAUGGCCACGGCGGCACGCCUCACCCGCUCCUCAACCACACGCAACGUCUCGCCAAACCCCGUCAGCACCCCACACCCAAGGCUCACCACCUACACGACAGACAACACAUCCCCACGUGAUCGCCGCGCGAAAUGAACUUUGUCAUUAUUUGUCAGUCAGUGACCUACCUUGCAUCGUGUGUCAUGGUCUUGGAUGGUGUCCAGCGUGCUGCAAGCCAGUUGCAGCUGCGCUCCCAUGGCUCUCAGGUCGGCGCGCAGGAGUGCGUCCAUGUGCAGCUGCAGCUCCUUCAACGCCAUGAGGUUGGGCUUGCGCCGGUGCUGGUUGCCGUGCUGCAUUCACACACACAGACACCGCACAGACACACCACAGCUCAGACACCAUGAACUUAUCCCCAUUUGAUUCACCUCACCUUGUAGAUGAGUCUCUGCAGGAGGACGUGUUCGAGUCGCAGAGUGGGAAGCGUCUGGCACACCUGCCGCUCCCACACCGCCUCCAGACGCUUCGCUGCGCUCAUCUC